AUGCGACUGAGCGUAAGCAACUCGCGGUGCGGCGCUCCGCUGAACCCCGGCACGCGCUCGCCAUCUGCCUCCUCACUCCCCGACAACACCGCAUUACAAGCCGCCCGCAUCCCGAAGAAGAAGGAGGAGGAGAAGAAGAAGAAGAAGAAGAAGAAGAAGGAGGAGGAGAAGAAGAAUGAGGAGGAGGAGGAGAAGGAGGAGAAGAAGGAGGAGAAUAAGAAGAAGGAGGAGAAGGAGGAGGAGAAGAAGAAGGAGGAGAAGGAGGAGAAGGAGAAGAAGAAAAAGAAGGAGGAGAAUAAGAAGAAGGAGGAGGAGAAGGAGAAGAGGAAGAAGAAGGAGGAGAGGAGGAGAAGAAUGAGGAGAAGGAGGAGAAGAAGGAGAAUAAGAAGAAGGAGGAGAAGAAGAAUGAGGAGGAGGAGAAGAAGAAAAAGAAGGAGGAGAAUAAGAAGAAGGAGGAGGAGAAGGAGAAGAAGAAUGAGGAGAAUGAGGAGAAGGAAGAAGAAGAAAAAGAAGGAGAAGAAGAAGGAGGAGAAGAAUAAGAUUGAGGAGGAGGAAAAGAAGGAGGAGGAGAAGAAAAAGAAGGAGGAGAAUAAGAAGAAGGAGGAGGAGAAGGAGAAGAAGAAGGAGGAGAAGAAUAAGAUUGAGGAGGAGGAAAAGAAGGAGGAGAAGGAGGAGAAGAAGAAG